CCAAAAUUAUUUCUAAUAAAUUAUAAUUUAUUAUAUAUCGGGCUCAUGCCGGUCGCGAUAGUGCGACAUCGCCUCAUCUCUAGCCCAUACAUCCAAAAAUAUAAACACAACCAGCUGAUUGAGGUGCACGAAUUUUUUAUGUAAUUAAAAUGGGCAAGAAAGAGGAAAAUUCUGACACAAAAGAUCCAAAAAACCAAACAGAUUUAGAUGAUGCGUGGGCGAUCCGACCCUGUCAUCUGUACAAGGAUGAGUACGACGAUUGCACGAGUUUCAAGGCACGUUUCCACCAAUACUUCAUAUUCGGCAAGGACACCGACUGCUCCCAGUGGCUGACAGACUACAAAAACUGCGAACGUUAUCAUCAAUCAAAUGGCAACGAUGUGGCGGCCGGUGCCGCUGUCGUCAAAAGCGAGGAGGAACGCCGCCAAACCCGACUGCGGGCGCACUAUGCCAACAACAUUUGGGAGAAGCGCAAGCAGCCGCCAGCAGAUUGGGCCAAGCCUCUGCCGGAAUGGCUGGAAGAGCGCAAUAAAAACACGUAUCUAGAGCUUAAACAAAAAGAACUCUCUGGCCUCAGUGAGCCGCAGGAUGAGAAGGGUUCGCUGUGUGCAAUCAUGUGAAAAUAAAUGUAUACAUACGUAUGUAGUUGUCAUGUAGAUGUACAAAAAAUAUGCUGAAC